AAUUGCACAGUUCUUUCAAAACAAAGAAAGAUCAAAGAAAAGGAAAAGAUGGUUAUGAAAUUGAGUAUGUCAGCAAUUUCUGUGUUGUUGUUGUUGUUAGCUCAAGCUAUAGAAACCCAAGCUGCCAUUUUUGAUGUGACAAAAUAUGGAGCCAACCCCGGCCGCGACAUCUCCCAGGCUCUAUUGAGUGCUUGGAAAGAAGCAUGUGCAGCAACAAGUGCUGGUAAAGUUCUAAUUCCAAAAGGGACAUUUCCAUUAAAUGAAGUGAAAAUCGAAGGCCCUUGCAAGGCUCCUGUGGAGAUUCAACUCGACGGGACAUUGAAUGCCCCUGCUCAACUGGGCAUAAUCAAGGGCGAUUCUUGGCUUACCAUCGAACACAUUGAUCAUCUUACAAUAUCCGGUUCUGGAACUUUCGACGGCCAAGGCGCCGCCGCUUGGGCCCAAAAUGAUUGUGGCAAGAACCCCAAUUGCAAGGCCAUACCCAUGAACCUGAGGUUCAACUUUAUCACCAAUUCGAUUGUGCGGAACGUGACUUCCAAGGACAGCAAGAACUUCCAUGUUAAUGUAUUGGGGUGUAAGAACUUCACCUUCCAGCACUUCACCAUCUCCGCGCCUGGAACUAGCAUUAACACGGAUGGAAUCCACAUUGGAGAUUCAAUCGGGAUCAAUAUAUUAGAUACAAGCAUACAGACCGGAGAUGAUUGUGUCUCGAUUGGAGAUGGAAGCCAACAGGUAACUGUCGAGAGAGUGACUUGUGGACCUGGCCAUGGCAUCAGCAUUGGAAGCCUUGGAAAGUACCCAAAUGAAGAUCCUGUUGUUGGCAUCAAUGUUAAGAAUUGCACCUUAUCCAACACGAUGAAUGGCGUGAGAGUGAAAACAUGGCCAUCAUCCCCUGCUCCUGGCAUUGCCUCCGAUAUGCAUUUUGAGGACAUUACAAUGAAUAAUGUUGGUAAUCCUAUCAUUAUCGAUCAAGAGUACUGCCCUUAUAACCAAUGCCAACUAAAGGUUCCAUCAAAAGUUAAGAUUAGCAAUGUUAGCUUCAAGAACAUUAGGGGUAGUUCUUCGACUCAGCUUGCAGUGAAGCUUGUCUGCAGCAAGAGCACACCAUGCGCGAAUGUGGAGAUAAGUAAUAUUGACCUGACAUACACUGGAAAAGAAGGCCCUGCUACGAGCCUAUGUACAAACAUCCAACCAAAACUUUCCGGCACACAUAAUCCUCCGAUAUGUGCCAACUCCGCUCAAGCUUCUUAAUUAUGCUUUUUGGACUCCAAGAAAGAGCUAAAUGCUUUGCUUAGACAUAAAACAUAUAUUCUUUUCUUUCCAAUCAUAGAAUACAAAUUAGUAUGAUACAUAGUUCUGCACCCCAUCAUCCAUGCUUAAAUGCAUGCUUGAUUAGUAGAGGUGAUUGCAGUUGUCAAUUGUAUAAGGAACAUAGUGUAUUGCAUACAAAUAAAUGAAUCUGAAUAUGAAUAUUAAUAAAUAAUAUAUGUUUGAGACAAUUUGUCAGUAA